UGCACUCGUCAUAUGCAUCAUGCACGUGGUGACAUAAUUCGCAGAGCUAUCGCUGUAUGUACCGAGCCUGUUCAUCAUCAGCUACAUCAAAGUACAUGUAGGCCUAUUGUCAGAUAAAAUGUGUAACGUUCAACUUUAAAGUUGAACUUUUUUGCGUUAAGCUUUACUUUAGGUUCAUAUGUUUCAUCGUCAGACAGUAAAUGCCGUGUGCUGCUCCCAGAAUGGACAACCUCAUUGUACAAGCAGUUGGAUCCGAUGCCGAAAAGAAGAAGACCAAAACUAAGAGAAAGAAGCAUAAGGAAGAGAAGCCGACACCUGAAAAGACUACAGUAGCUGUGGUCAAUGGACAUGCCUCUCCUAUCCAGGAAAAAGUGAAGGAAGAGAAAAAGAAAAAGAAAACUACCUGUAAGAAGCGAAAACUAGACGCUGGCAGUGAUGAAGGUGGCAACAGCUCAGUCACUCUGAAGAAAUCCAAGGAUGAUCAUUCAGAAGAGGAUGACACAUCAAUCACAGUCCAAAAUGCCCCUGAGUUGUCACCAGAGGAGAAGGAGGGUGCAUUUGAAAACUUCAGGAUAUCACCUAAGACAGUACAGCUUCUCAGAGGUAACAACGGCCAGGAGGAACGCCAGUUUGAUGCUGAGAUGGAGGUCAGAUGCAUCAGGGAGAACAUGCAAGACGCUCUUAAGGUCCCAAGACAGAACGAGGCAUUUGACGUGAGGACGCUCAACAAACAUUCCCCGAAGGAGAUGGUGGAUGGUGGCAUUAUCAGAAAUCGUUGA